AUGUCAUCACCUUGCCAUACCUUUGCUGUGCUGGUAGUCUUUAUGGCCCUUGCUGUGGGUGUGGGGGCUGAACAGUCGAAAGAGAGGAGCUGCGAUGUGAUUGGUGAUGAGAGCAGUGAGUCACAAAUGGAAAGAGCCCUGCUGAAGAAACUAGAGCCCCUGAGCCAGAUGAGGUUUAAUGUGACUGUGGAGAAAGGCAAAACAGAAAACUACAUCUACCAUUUCAGGGUGUGCAGGGAGGUCAAUAGCACCUUGCACGAUUUUGGUGGCCUGGUGCAGACAGAUAGACAGAAUGGAAGGACCACAGUGAUAGGAAGAAUCAAUGAAACCCAGGUCUUCAACGGAAGUGACUGGAUCAUGCUGAUUUAUAAAGGAGGUGAUUCAUAUGGCAGGCACUGCAGUGGGGAGAAGAGAAGAGCUGUGAUAAUGAUUUCUUGCAAGCAGGGAGUUACAGCGAGUUCAUUCAGCAUAAUUUCAGAAGAGCGGGAAAAGGAGCAGGACUGUUUCUACCUCUUUGAGAUGGACAGCACUGUGGCUUGUCCAGCUGAGGAUUCCCACCUCAGUGUUGGCUCCAUUCUGCUGAUCACGUUUGCUUCACUGAUUGCAGUCUACAUCAUUGGUGGGUUCCUCUACCAGCGCCUUGUAGUGGGAGCAAAGGGCAUGGAGCAGUUUCCUCACUUGGCCUUCUGGCAAGAUCUAGGCAAUUUGGUGGCGGAUGGCUGUGAUUUUGUCUGCCGAUCUAAGCCUCGAAAUGCACCAGCUGCAUACCGUGGUGUGGGUGAUGACCAGCUGGGUGAGGAGUCAGAAGAACGGGAUGACCACUUGCUACCAAUGUGAUAGGCUUUCAACGCUGAAUUAUUUUUCUCCCCCAUCUCCCCAGUGCUUGUUUAGCCAGGUGCCUCCCAGCCCGUUCUCCUUCUCUCACUUCUGAUUUUCUUUACACUAUUUGCUUUUGCUGCUCUCUGGUGUGUCAAGUCCUAUGAAUGCCUCUGGGAGCGAACAGCACUGGUCCCUGAUGGUAUGUCUUAUGAAUAUAAUGCUGUUUCAGGUCUUUAAAAAUGCAGCAGAGCUGUGGGG